AUGCUGCACGAGGCCGUCAACGAAGAGCUGCCAAUGGAGAUGGCGCCGGCGCAGCUGUCCACACCGUCACCGCCGUGGCGACACAACCACCAAUCAGACCCGCUGCACGACUAUCGCACGGAGCACUUGAAGUUGCAGGAGCGGCUGGCAGAGAUGUGGGGACCGGAGGCGCCGUACACGCCUGUGCCGGAGGAGACAUCGUCGUGGUUCCAGCGGUACUACUACGGGUGGGUGUACGAGACAGUGCUGCUGGCGUCGAAGGAGCAACUGGUGCGCGAGGUGCUGCCGCCACCAACGCAGGAUGCGCGUGCGCACGAGUGCGGGCUGCGGCUGUCGCGUGCUGUGCAGGCCGCCAUGUACGACCGGAACGCGUGGAACUGCAUGGUUGGGGCGGAGGUCGCGAGCACGCUGGACCCCGCGAGCCGCGGCAUUCUGCGCUGGGUUGGCCUGCCGCAGCAGGGUGGCUACACGCGGAUGAUGGCUGGCGUGGAGUGGAGCGUGCCGCCGACUGCGCGCACCGCUGAGAGGUCCAACGACAGCGGUGCGUCGCCGUUCUUCAACGGCAUUGCGCACGGCGAGCACCUGUUCACGCCUGGGCACAGUGACAUGUCGACGCUGGAGGAGGUGGCUUGUGUGGCGCUGCUGUCUGUAGACGGAACGUCGCUCAACCCCACUCUUGUGCCGAUGCCGUGCCGACUCUCUCUCUCAAGGGUGCUCUUGGCUACGUUGCCGAAGGACUAUUGGUGGCAGAUUUUUCUGAAGCUGCUUGCUGACGUGUGCACCCUCUUAUUACCAUUUUUACUGAGAACGUUUGUGCACUUCCUCAGUGAGCGUAAUAAGAGCUGGGCCUAUGGCUGUGGGCUAGUGGCGGCAUUUUUCCUUACUCAGCUGGUGCAGAGUACGUGCCUGCACCGCUUUUACUAUUUAAGCAUCAAAUGUGGCCUGCAGCAGCGCUCCGCUCUGAACGGGUUGAUCUUCGAAAAGGUCUUCACGAUUUCCAGCAAGUCACUCUCGCAGCCGGAGAUGAACCCCGGGCGCAUUAUUAACAUGAUGAGCACGGACACCGAGAUGGUGAAUCAGUUCAUGCAGUACUGCAUUUACCUGUGGAGCAGCCCCAUGGUGUUUCUUAUCUCCGUCGUUUUUCUCAGUUAUCUGGUUGGCUGGUGCUCCUUGAUGGCCGUCGCGGCGCUGCUCAUGACACUACCGAUAAACGGUUUGAUCCUGAAGUGGGAGAUGGCAGGGCGAGAAAAGCUGGCCAAGGCGACGGACGCGCGUGUCAAGGCGGCGAACGAAUUCUUCUCGGGCAUACGGAUCGCGAAGUUCAUGGCGUGGGAGCCGUGCUUCGUCGCGAACAUCGAGGCGAAGCGCUCGAUGGAGAUUGCGUACUUGAAACAGGUGCAGAUUGCACGUAUCUGUGCAUCAUUUGUGAGCAUGGCGACCCCAAAGUUGAUGAUUGCCCUCGUCUUCACAGUGUACUACCUGCUUGGACACGAGAUGAAACCCGCGGUUGUGUUUCCGGCCAUUGCGCUUCUCGGCAUUCUUAGGAUGCCAUUUAAUAUGCUGCCACUUGUGUUCACUUUGAUUGUCCAGUAUCUUGUGGCGUUGACACGUAUCAGCAGGUUUCUGGAGUGCGACAACGCCGUCUGCUCCACUGUGCAGGACAUGGAAGAGUACAUCCGAGAGCAGCGCGGACACAGCACUGCGUGCCAGCUUGCCGCUGUACUGGAGAACGCAGACGUGACUGCGUUUGUGCCCGUGAAACUGCCGUUGGCGCCGAAGGUGAAGAUGUCGCUCUUUUCUCGGGCCCUGCGAAUGCUGUGCUGCGAGCAGUGCAGGCCUACCAAGAAGCGCCCGUCUCCAUCGGCUGUUGUCGAGGACAUGAGCUACUCCUCUCCGUCGAGUACGCUUCGUCACAUCAUAGAGGACGGCACCAGCGCCAUGGGCGGGGCAAAGUCGGCGUCUACCCGAAGCGCAAAGACGCCUCCGAUGGGGACAAAUGACUUCUUUGAGCUGGAGCCGAAGGUGCUGCUGCGCGACGUGUCUGUGAGUAUCCCGCACGGGAAGCUGACGGUUGUGCUUGGCGCGACGGGGAGCGGGAAGUCGACGCUGCUGCAGACGCUGCUGUCGCAGUUCGAGAUCAGCAAGGGCCGCGUGUGGGCGGAGCGGAGCAUCGCGUAUGUGCCGCAGCAGGCGUGGAUCAUGAACGCGACGGUGCGCGGCAACAUCCUGUUCUUCGAUGAGGAAGACACCGCGCGGCUUGCAGAUGCCGUGCGCGUGAGCCAGCUGGAGGCGGACGUUGCGCUGCUUGGCGGGGGGCUGGAGACGGAGAUCGGCGAGAAGGGCGUGAACCUGAGCGGCGGGCAGAAGGCGCGUGUAAGCCUUGCGCGCGCGGUAUACGCCAACCGCGACGUGUACCUGCUGGACGACCCACUGUCUGCGCUGGACGCGCACGUCGGCGAGCGCGUUAUGGAGGAGUGCUUCCUUGGCGCGCUUGCGGGGA